AGGUCACCUCAAAUAUCUGGUCUUUGGUCAUUACACUAAACUAGUCUGUUAAAGGCAAGAUUGAGAAUUUGGGAGCUUGUGAUAGCCUAAAUGAGGCUAACCUUGACACAAUCUGAGGUUAGUUACAGUUUAAUCGAGUCCAACACUCAAUAUAAAACUAACAAACCCAUCUAAACCUUUUCCCUCAAGUGGUUCUCAACAUCUUUACAUGUUAACAUCUUUGUAGCUGCAGUUUCUUUUUAAAUGUGUUUUAUCUGAACAGAGCACUUUGGUUAACUAUGAACGCUACCGCAGUGAACCAGUCAGACUGCCCCGAAGUGAAGGUCCCCGUCCCCCUUUUCUUCACCAUUGGUGUUGUGAGCCUGGCUGAGAACCUGCUGGUUGUGGUGGCCAUUAUUCGGAACAGGAAUCUCCACUCGCCCAUGUACUGCUUCAUCUGCAGCCUGGCGGCUUUCAACACCAUAGCCAGCCUCACCAAAACCUGGGAGAACCUAAUGAUCGUAUUUUCCGACGUGGGACACCUGGAGAAGAAAGGUUCCUCAGAGAAAAAUCUGGACGAUGUGAUGGACUCCCUGCUGUGUAUGUCUUUUGUGGGCUCCAUUUCCAGUUUCCUGGCUAUUGCCAUGGAGCGGUACGUAUGUCGGAUAACAAAACGAUUUGUUUUCACUUCCAGUUACAUCACCAUCUUCUAUGCUCUUCGAUACCACAACAUUAUGACGAUGCGGCGCACAGGAGCCAUCUUGGGUGUCAUCUGGACAACAUGUGGAGUGUCGGCCGUGCUCAUGGUGAGGUUCUUCGACUCCAAAUUCAUCAUGAUCUGUUUCGUUGUCUUCUUUGUCGUCUCCUUGGCGAUUAUCUGCUUCCUCUAUGUCUACAUGUUCAUGCUGGCACGCAUCCAUGCCAGGAAAAUUGCUGCUCUGCCCACCAGCAGCAGGGGGAAGUGUCGGCGUCAACGGUGGAGGGGCAGCAGCAUGAGAGGGGCCCUGACUCUCACCAUCCUAUUUGGAGCAUUUGUGGUGUGUUGGGCGCCGUUUUUCCUGCAUCUCAUCAUCAUCAUGGUGUGUCCUAUGAACCCGUACUGUGAGUGUUACCGAUCACUGUUCCAGCUUCAUGUGGUGCUGUUGAUGAGCCACGCCCUCAUCGACCCGGCCAUCUACGCCUUCCGCAGCGCUGAGCUCAGACACACCUUCAGGAAGAUGCUGCUUUGUUCAGACUGGAAGUGGUACACAUAGCGCUAUUUGGACUGCUUUGUAUUCAUUGGGUUGCACAUAUUUAAACCCUGGAGUCAACAGUAUAAAGAUCUGUAAUGCAACUGAACAACUUUGGGUGGUCAAGGGAAUCCAUUUUUUCAGUUGCAUUGCUAUCUGAAGCCAGCUACAUCAAGGCUACCACCACCAGUAGCUUUAAUUUUGUUUGUGCUUGAAUGAGCACCUGUGACUGUUCAUGUUUUUGCCAAACAGAGUGUUUUUGCGUAUAUUGUUUUUUCUGUCCAUCUUCUCUCUGUCAGUGGCUAUCUAACCUUGGAUGC